AUGGGAACAAUAAAGUUAAAAAAUUUACAAAGUCAACUUGAAAAUAUAGAAACAUUUGAAAACCCAAAAAUUGAAUUUGAACAAUAUACUACAUCACCACUUAUUGCUGCUAGUAUUCUUCAUACUGCCCAAUUUGUAUUUGGUGAUAUAAAGAAUAAAACCAUUGCUGAUUUAGGAUGUGGCUCUGGAAUAUUAUCCAUAGGUGCUGUAAUAUUAGGUGCUGAAUAUUGUACAGGUAAUAAAUAAGUACAUGAUGAAAUAUGAUCAGUUUAAUAGUAUUACAUUUAAUUUGUUAUUUAGGUUUCGAUAUAGAUCCAUCUGCUCUUGCUCUGAGCGUAAAAAAUGCUAGUAAUCGUGAUAUUUUAGAUGAUUGUAAUUUUGUUUUAUGUGACAUAAAAAAUAUCCCAAAAUGUGUUAAGCCUAAAAUGUUUGAUACAGUUAUAAUGAACCCACCAUUUGGAACAAAAGUAAAAGGAGCCGAUUUAGAAUUUUUAAAGUCAGCUUUACACAUGGCUAAUUCAGCUGUGUAUUCACUUCAUAAAACAAGUACCAGAAAACAUAUUCAAAAAAAAGCGAGUAAAUGGAAUGUCAAUUCAAAUGUUGUUGCGGAAUUAAGAUAUGAUUUGCCAGCAUCUUAUGCAUUUCAUAAAGAAAAUUCUGUUGAUGUGUAUGUUGAUUUGAUAAGAUUUUCAAGAAAAAAAUAA